AUGCGUAUAUCUUUGAUACCUAACAAAAGACAAUAUGAUGAAGAUUUAGAGAUUAGAAAAGCUUGGUUGAAAGGACAAGCUAGGGAUAUGAGAAGAAAAUAUUCUGCUCAAUUGGGUGAAAAAGGGAAAGAGUUGAGAAAGAAAGAUUUAAAAGAAAUGGAAUUGUUGAAAAGAAAAAGAUCUACUGGAGAGGUAUCGUUAACAGAUGUCGGGAUAGAUGCAUCAUAUUCUGGUCAAGUAUCAAUAGGUACACCAGCGCAAGACUUCCUUGUCAUUCUUGAUACUGGUUCUGCUGAUUUAUGGGUGGCAGGAGCAGGAUGUGAUUCUUCCGAAUGUCAAGGAACAGCUUUAUUCGAUACUACUUCAUCUUCUACUUUCUCAUCGACAAGUCAACAAUUUCAAAUAUCUUAUGGAUCCGGUGACGCAGAAGGGACUUUGGCGUCGGAUACCGUCACAUUUGGAGGUUUUAGCGUCACUGGACAAACUUUCGCCGUUGUGAAUGAAACCACCUCAUCACUAAUCAGUGCACCUCUGUCCGGUCUGAUGGGUCUGGCAUGGAAGUCUAUAGCCCAAUCACAAGCAACACCGAUGUGGCAAGCUUUGGCUGCUUCUGGUAGUCUCAGCAGUCCUGAAAUGGCAUUCUACCUUCAACGGUAUCGUGGAGAUUCAUCUGCGGCUCAAGUUGAAAGUUCAGGUGGGGAGUUUACCCUUGGCGGUCUAGAUUCAUCCAAAUUCACUGGCAGCAUGAACUACAUCUCCAUUUCUGCCGACGACGAAGAUUACUGGCGUAUCCCCGUUCAAGGUCUAACAGUCGACGGAACAUCCAUCUCCACUUCUUCCGCCCAAGCUGCCAUCGAUACCGGUACAACCCUAAUCGGUGUUCCUUCUUCCGUCGUUACAGCCAUCUACUCUCAGAUACCCAACGCCGAGGCAAUGUCCGCUGCAUCAGGUUACCAAGGUUACUAUCAAUACCCUUGUUCAUCAAAUAUCAACGUCACUCUCUCCUUUGGUGGUAAAAAUUACGCAAUGAGUAAUGCCGAUAUGAAUCUCGGUUCCUUCACUCGAGAUCAAAGUAUGUGUACCGGAGCGUUUUUCGAAAUGGAUUUCUCAAGUGGUUCACCAAUACAAUGGAUCAUGGGAGCCAGUUUCCUCAAGAAUGUUUACACCAGUUUCAGAUAUAGCCCCGCCGCUGUUGGAUUUGCCGCCUUAUCCGGGAAUGCUGAGAGUGUCACGAAUGGGACUUCGGGAAGUACGACCAGUGGUGGGACCGGUGGAUCGGGAGGAUCACCUUCGAUGAGUGGGGCUCUGAAGUUGAACACGGGAUUAGGAGGAUGGGUUGGGUUGGUUUUGUGUCUUGGAGUAAUCUACAAUGUCCUUUUAUAGACAAAAUUGGAGGGGAUGUGAAUGGGGAGGGUCGAACGAAGAGACAUAUCUACUACACAUCUACAUAGAAGGGAGGAAGUGGGUGACGGAUAAUAAAGGCAGAAUAGAAGGUCAUCUGGUCUGUCGGGAAAGAUCAAAAAAUUAUCAAAAUAGCAUUUGAUAAAUCUUGUUGUAUAACAUUGCAAUGCAAGUUAAUGCAGGCUG